GCAAAGAAGAACGUGUGAAGAACAUAAAGCUGAGCUGGAGGAGGAAAACUAUCAUCUUCGUAGUGAAAUACAAAUAGAAGUUGAUACUAAUCGUCGAAAUGAGAAACAGAUUAGGGAUCUAGAAUGUGAUUAUGACCGCUGUGUACAAGAAAUCCAGAUACUUAAUAGGGAGAUAGAACGUCUUGAGAAUGCUUCGAAAGAAGAGAUAAUAGAGUUGAAUAUCCCAGACUUUCUUGCGCAACUAAGACUAGACUUGCAGAAUCAGGGAAUAGAUCCAAAUGAUAAUGUACAAGUCUUCCAGCAGGAAGAGAUAAUGCGAUAG